AUGUAUGGGCGAUUUGGGCGCGCGGAGGAGGCGAGCAAGAUCUUCCUCGCGAGCUCGAGCUCCAGGGCGCCGGAUUUGAUCCUGGUCACGGCGAUGGUGGCCGCGCACGCGCAGAGCGGGCAGAACAAGGAUGCGCUGGAGCUCUUCGCGAGGAUGGAUCUGGAUGGCGUGCAGCCGGAUUGCAAGGCGCUCUCGGCGAUCGUGGAUGCGUGCUCGUCGAGCGCUGAGUGGAAGAUCAUCCAUCGAAAUAUGCUGGAGGCCGGGAUUGUGCCCGAUCUAGCGCUGGGGACGGCGCUCAUCAAUCUCUACGGGAAAUCCGGUGGAAUCAAGGAGGCGAGGGCGGUGUUCUUGUCCAUGGAGGAGAGGAACGAGGUCUCCUGGACGGCUAUGGUGGCAGCAUUUGCCCAGACUGGGCACACGGCCGAGGCGCUAGGGUUCUUCCUGGCGAUGAACGUCGAGGGAAUCUAUCCCGACGCGAUCACAUUCGUGAGCGUGCUCAGCGCUUGCAGCCAUGGCGGCAAGAAAUCGCUGGCCCGGGACUACUUCCUCGCCCUCCAGAUCGAUUAUGGGUAUUUGCCAGGAUUGAGCCACUUCGCGUGCUUGGUGGAUGCCCUGGGACGAUCCGGGGAGCUGGAGAAUGCCCAGGCGCUGAUGCGAGUGAUGCCAUUCGUGCCGGAUGGAUUGGCCUGGAUCACGCUCGUCGGCGCUUGCGCUGUUCAUGGCGAUUGGCACAGGGCCGUGGCUGCUGGCGUCGAUUCUGUGACGCUCAAUUCCGAGAGCUCGGCGCCAUAUGUGCUCCUCUACAACAUUCUAGGGUUCUUGGAACCCUAG